UAGCUGCGGCUGAGCGCGCCAGAGCUCACUUCCACUCAACACAGCCAGAGCUGGUGGUGGGCGCCCAAGCACCGAGGCCGGCGGACUGAUGGACCUGCCCUGUGCCCUAGGGCUCGGGACACUGCUGGGCCUGCCAGGGGUCCUGGGCUCGGGCAGCGGCGCCAAGGACAGCGGGAGCUCCAGCACUGUGGCCGUGGCCGUGCUGCUGCUGGUGCUGCUGCUGCUGGUCGCCGGCCUGGCGCUGGCCUGGUGCCGCCUCAGCCGGGACUCGGGGGGCUACUAUCACCCGGCCCGCCUGGGCGCUGCGCUGUGGGGCCACACCCGCCGCCUCCUCUGGGCCAGCCCCCCGGGCCGCUGGCUCCGGGCCCGGGCCGAGCCGGAGUGGCGCGACGGGGCCCUGGAGCGGCAGCAGGACGAGCAGGACGCGGAGGAGGACUACCAGGUGGCGGGCGACCCGGCGGAGACACAGUCCCAGCAAGAGGAGCAGUGCGGCGGACAGGGGCCCGGCCCCCAGCAGCUCCCGGAGCCUGCUGAGGACACGCAUGACAGUAACAGCGAAGGGGGCCUGGGCCUCAGCUGCCAGGGGCCGGCGGGCUCGGGGGGCAGCGCCGAGGCCCUGCUGAGCGACCUGCACGCCUUUGCCGGCAGCGCGGCCUGGGACGACAGCGCCGAAGCCGCUGGGGGCCGGGGCCUCCACGUCACCGCACUGUAAGAGCCAGAGUGGCGUCCCGUUCCUGUCACUGCGCCUGUGCGUCCCGAGCUGCCCUGGACCCAGCAUCACCCACACCUGCGCCCCCCCCAUGUAAGAGUCUCAGACGAUCGCUCCCGCACCGGUUCUGUCCCCCAAGCUGUGCAUCCCUGUCCCCACCAGGAAGGCUGCCCACCCCUGGGGCACUGGGGUCAUCUGAAAUA